AUGGCGUCUGCAACGCAAAGGCGAGAUUCAGAUCAGCCAAACUCCUCUAAGCCCGUAAAAUACAUUCUUGUGACCGGUGGUAUAAUUUCUGGAGUUGGAAAGGGAAUCAUUUCAUCCAGUCUCGGCGUUCUAUUGAAAAACAACGGCUACAAAGUAUGUGGCUUUCUUUUAAAUACAGUUUCGAAAUUUGAGAUUUCAGGUGACGGCCAUAAAAAUCGAUCCAUAUUUGAAUGAAGAUGCUGGCAUAUUCUCCCCAUACGAGCACGGUAUUUAUACUAAUUCCCAAAAUUCAUCUAUGUACCUUUUUCCAGGAGAAGUUUUUGUUCUGGAUGACGGCGGCGAAGUGGAUUUGGAUUUGGGGAACUACGAGCGAUUUUUGAAUAUCAGAAUGACUCGUGAUAACAAUAUCACUACCGGAAAGAUGUUCAAACACGUAAGGAGAUUCAUAUUUUUUUUCAUUUAUAGUUGUUUUUAGGUGAUGGAAAGAGAAAGAAGAGGAGACUAUUGUGGAAAAACGGUCCAAAUGAUUCCUCACCUUACUGACGCCAUUAUCGACUGGGUGGAGCGAGUUGCGCGGAUUCCGGUCGAUGGAUCUUCCGACGUUCCUGACGUUUGCAUCAUUGAGGUAUUCGAAGAUGAUAGACUUUAUUUCAGGGUCUUUUCACAAAGAAAGCGGAACAUUCCAUAAGUAUGAUAGGCGAAAGACAUAUUGUUAGAAAAAAAACUGUUUUUCGAGAAAUCUUGGAAAUAAUAUGUCCGAUUUUCGUUCAAACCUUGCUCCAGAUUCUUUAACUUUUAAUUUUCAAGCUCGGUGGAACGAUUGGAGAUAUCGAGGGAAUGGUGUACCUAGCCGCUUUCGAACGAUUUCAAAGGCCAGCGCUCAAGAAUAACUUGAUGAAUGUGCACGUUUCCCUAAUUCUCCAUCCGAACGCGACAGGAGAGCCGAAAACCAAGCCGAUGCAGAACUCUGUAGGGAAAACUCAGUAACUCACCUGGAACUCUCCAAUUCAAGGUACGACAUCUUCGAAGUGCCGGCCUUAUUCCAGACCUUCUGAUCUGCCGUUCUACGGAUAAUCUUCAACCCCAUCUUCGGGAGAAAAUAGCUGGCUUCGGUUUGGUGGACCUGGAACAGGUAAAACCCCUGAAUUUCGUUGUGGUUAAGCAAAUAAUAUCUGGAAUUCUCUCUGAAAUCAACGAAUUUGACAUUUUUCAGGUCGUCGGCGUUCACGAUGUCUCGAAUAUAUACAAGGUGCCGCUGUUGCUCGAAGAACAAGGUGUUCUGGAAGCGAUCAUCAAAAGAUUGCAAUUGCCGGCGAUUCCUGACACUGUCAAGCGUCAUCUGAAGUUCAAUAUGCUCCAUUGGACACAUCUGAGCGAAUUGUGAGAUUUGAAUGGUUUUUAUGCACGGCUUGUUCUUAAUUUUGUCGGGUUCAUUCGUAGUAGUUUUUAGAGGAUACCUUCUAUCAAAAAGUUAUUUUAACGUUUUCUAUGAAAUUUUUUUAGAAACUUUUGUUCAAACAUGCGUGUACAACCCUGAAAACUUGAUUUAAAAGUCCAAAAGCUUCAAAAACAUGAAAAAAGGCUGUAAAUGAAAAGUUGGAGAUACAAACUAUUUGGUUUUUGUAAUAUUUCAAAGCCUAUAAGCAGGCUCGCACCGGGAUAACAAUAAUUAUUGACCAACUCUCAUGAAAAAAAAAAGAGAUCAAUUGAUUUUUUCUUUAUGAAUUCGUGUAUUUGCUCAUUUUUGAGGUGUGACACUUUCACGGAAGAAGUCGUGAUUGCGAUGGUCGGGAAAUACGUGAAGAUAGAAGACGCCUACGCUUCCGUCAAUAAAGCACUUUCUCACGCGGCUAUACAUUCCAAGAGGAAGCUUAAAAUCAAGGUAUCGGCACUAAAAAUAAAACGACUCAAUGUUUUCAUUCCAUUAAUUCAGUACGUCGACUCGGAACUCCUCGAAAACAAGCCAGGAUUUGAAGCGCAAACGGCCGCGGCUUGGGAAGUCGUCAAAACUUCACAGUAAUUUUCAUACCUUUUUCACAGAUUUAUUCUUUCUUUUUUUUUUUCUGCACAUAGAAUUUAUUUUCAGUGGUGUCAUUGUACCUGGAGGAUUCGACAAACGCGGCGUCGAGGGAAUGAUCGCCGCUUGUCAAUAUUGUCGCGAGAAUAAUGUCCCAUUCCUCGGUGUUCGUUUUUUUCCAGAAUUAUUCAUUUAAACUAGAAAGUUGAAGAAUAAUUUGAUUAGAUGGUACAAUUUCCCUUUAAAUUUCAUAGGAGUUUCUUAGGGUCCUCUUCUCAGCCAGCAAAAAAAUGCGGAGAUUUUUCAAAUAAAUAUUCUUUUACCUUCGAAUAGAUUUCUUUUUUUCCGCCCGUUUUUCUUGGCCACGUCUGAGUCUGUAUGAGGUUUUUUGUGGAAUCGUGAAUUUUUUCUUUAAUCAUCUUCGGGCUCCUAUUUUUCUUGAAUUUGAAGUUGAGAAAACUUUCUUGGUUAGUUUUUUUCACAGAUACUUGUUCAGCUGCAAAUAUUUUUCCAAUUUCUUUCACCAUUUCAUUAAGAAAAACCACAGAUUUUUGGAGUAUCAUAAUUUUUUUUUGCAGGUUUGCCUUGGUAUGCAGUGUGCAGCUAUCGAGUUCGCUCGGAACGUCCUCAAUAUCGCCGGCGCCGAUUCGCAGGAAUUCGACACGAAUCUGACCGCCGAGCAGCAAAUCAUCAUCGACAUGCCCGAGCACAACGGCGAGGAGAAAGGCUUGGGCGGCACGAUGCGCUUGGGCCGCCGGACCACGGCUUUCCUCACCGAGGACUGCAAACUUCGUAUGUUGGAAGAAAGCUCUGCAAUGGCAGAUCUCCCUUUUUCGAAGUUUUCAAGUUGGAAAAUAUCUUUCAGAACAGAUAUAUGUCCUGAUGAAGUAGUUAACGAGUUUCAUUCUUGCAGGCAAAUUGUACGGCAGCACGACGGCUGAAGAACGACAUCGGCAUCGUUAUGAAGUGAACCCUAGAGUGGCUUCCGAGCUGAGCAAAAAGGGAUUCCUGUUUGUUGGUGAGGAUUUCGAACAUUUUGGUGUUAUUCAACUUCUGAAAUUAUCUAUUUGGUUCUCUCCCUCCACCGCCACAGAAUGUUUUUGGACGGGAACAAAUGAAUUGAAUGGGAAGAAGAAGACCUUCGUAUACAUAGCACGCAAAGAGUUCUUCUCUAAUCUCAUCCUCAAUCUUCAAUUUUCAUAUUUUCCUUUUCGUACAUUUCUUUUCUUAUACUCUUUAGAAUGAGUGCGAGUUAGGUAACCCAAAAAAGCUCUCCCUUUGUCUUCAAACCUAAGCAGAGAGGGAAAUUGCUGACGGGGGUCGCCCUCUUAAGCCGUACAUUUUGAGACCAGAAACGGCAUUGAACUCACAUUUCCACUUUCUCAUAUGAAUGUGUUCAUUCAUUCCAAUUUUUCACGAAACCUCACACUUUUUCAUAAUGAUUUUCUUUGAGGAAUGGGCGUCGACGAGCAGCACACGACCAUUUGGGAGGAAAAGAAAAGAACGCAGAGCAGUGCCGCCUUGAUGAAGAUGGCCGAUGAGAAUGGGGUUUUGAACUUGAAAACGCACGAAAAAUACACUGCAAUUCCGAAAAAAAAUUAGAAAUAAAUAAAACGUACUCCACGCAAAAUUCUACGUACUAAUCAAUGAAAAUAUUUUCAUAGUGCGGUUUUUUUUCAGGGAAAAUUCCAGAAUCCCCCAGCUGCAUCAAAUGUGGAGGCUAUAUCUGAUUCUAGAAGCGCUCCAACCGAUUAUGGGAUAAGCAUUGCAAGCAUUGCCCGGAUUAGCCCCCCCUCCCCCCCACAUUCUAGAAUCGCCCCCACCUCAUUUUAUAAUGGCCCCCUUCCGCCAGUGGGAGGCCAUUCUGGAAUGAUCCUGAUUUUCUUUCGAAUUUCUCAUUUGAAGAAAAUCUUUCUAGAUUGCAAAUAACCGGCCAAAUGAUCUUCUAAAUCUGCCUUUUUUUGGUGAAUGCCUUUUUUCAGAAGGAUGUUUUUUUUUUAAAUGGAGGAGUACGAAAGAAAAUUGUUUUUUGCUUUUCUCUCCUGGUUAAUUCUCAAACUAAAAUGCUUUUUUUUCUAAUUAAGUGCUCAUCGGACAAAACGAAAACUGUUCCGAUACGGAAAAAAUUGCUUCAAUACAAAUAUUAGUACUGUUUAGGAGCAACUUUGUGCGCCGAUGAACACGAUUUUGCUGUUUGAUUUUUUUUUUCAAAAACUUUUUUCCGUACCAUUUAUUAAACGGUUUCUCGAAAUCCCGAGAAGAUUUUCCCCUCAUUAAGCCUUGCCCUCGAAAUGUUCACUUUGCAGGAGCUUCUCGACAAGAUCGACGACCUUUGUCAUCGCGGCGGCGACGGUGUCACUCGGCCGGCGAUCCGAAUGGAAAUGUGUGAACUGAAAGGUUGUCUGAUUCCAUGUUUCCGUUGAACUCCGACGGGUUUCAGGACACUCGUACUUUGUCGGCGUGCAGUUCCAUCCCGAGUACCUGUCGAGUCCUCUGCAGCCGAGUCCGCCCUUCCUCGGCCUCCUUCUGGCCGCCACUGGCCAACUCGAUGUAUGAUUUUGUUUGAAUAAAAAAAGAGACUAAAUUCAACUUUCGAAAAAAUAAUGCCUUCCUGGUUGUUUUCCCUUAAAACUUGCAAGUAUUAGGAGGAAACUGAGACUCGAAAGCUUUGAUUUAUUUUUGAAGUUUUGAAAAUUAAUUUUCACGCUGUCAUUGAACUGAUCAUUGACUGACCAAGCUUUCUUCUGCCUUUUUCAAAUUCAAUCCGGUUCCAUUUCUGAAAAAUGAUCAUUUUCAGGAUUUUCUUACCGGAGCAAAAGCUCCAUCGCCCAUGAUGACUCUGAAGGAAGAUUCUGAAUUCGUCUCUGAAGAUCCCGGAAAUUCCCUCGUUCAGAAACUGAAAGACCUCACGACGGCUGGAAGAAAUGUCAUUUUCGAUUGA